GGUUGGUUUGCCAAGCUCACAUCUACCUUCUCAGCUCGAUGGGCCAAUGCCAUUCGCUCCCGGCAAGAUGCCAGCCGCUAUCUCCCCCAGACUAUAGCCCACCGGGGCUAUAAGGCAGCAUGGCCGGAGAACUCCAUGGCUGCCUUCAAGGGUGCUGUCGAGGUUGGCGCCCAUGCCCUCGAAACCGACCUGCACCUGUCCAAGGAUGGUGUUGUUGUUCUCUCACAUGACCCUAGCUUAAAGCGCUGUUACGGAGUGGACAAGCGCAUUAGCGAGUGUAACUGGGACUAUCUCUCCUCUCUCCAGAGUGUGCGUGAGCCGAAGCAGCCUCUGCCGAGGUUAAGUGACCUGCUGGAGUGGCUUGCCGCACCCGGAAGAGAGGAGAUUUGGCUAUUACUCGAUAUCAAGAUCGACGAUGAUGCCGAGGAACUCGUCGGUGCUCUUUCCGACACGUUGAAAAAGGUUCCUCCCACACAGGACAAGCCGUGGGAUGAACGAGUCGUUUUGGGCUGUUGGAACGCAAGCUACAUCCAAGCCUCCCGUCGCUUGCUCCCCACCUACCCCGUCGCUCACAUCACUUGGUACCUCCCAUACGCCCGCCACUUCCUGAGCAUCCCGAACCUAGGCUACAAUGUCUUCCAGAGGGCCCUGGUCGGCCGCAAGGGCUCCCGCUUCCUGCACGAUGCCCAGAGCGAGGAUAGGCCGGUCUACGCGUGGACCGUCAACGAGGAGCGCUGGAUGAGGUGGUGCAUUGAGCAGAACAACCCCGCCGACCCCCCUGGCACCUCGACUCCGAAUGAAACGAAGCCGCUUCUGGGAGAGGCCUCCCCCGCCGGCGCUUCCCCGAGAGCCAGCACCGCCAGGGGUGUGAAGUUGAUCGACGGCGUCAUCACCGACGACCCGAAGCUGUUCCUCGAGGUCUGCCAGAGGUGGGAGGACGAGCGGGACGGCAAGGUCGCGCCGGCCAAGGGGCCAGGGCUGGUCCAGAGCUUCAAGACCGGCCUCAGGAGUUUCCUCCAGGGGUUGAUGUUCAAGGUCAUGUCGACCGGUUUCUUCCAUUACAACAGAUACUUCACCAACAGGCUGGACUUGCUUCCCACAGAUGAGACUCGUCCUAAGAGGGAGUAA